AUGGCGGACGGCAUCUCAGAAAAUACACAGAAGUGUACGGCUGGAAUCAUAAUCAUUGGGGAUGAAAUCUUAAAAGGUCAUAUAAAAGACACGAAUUCCCACUUUCUCUUGAAAAAGCUUUGGUCCUUGGGAAUCAAAGUAGGGAAAGUUUCUGUCAUUUCAGACGAUGUAGAUGAAAUUGCCAACGAGGUGCGAACCUUUUCUUCUCUGUUUUCCUUUGUUAUUACCACGGGAGGAAUUGGUCCAACUCACGAUGAUGUCACUAUGGCAGGCAUAGCCAAAGCCUUAAAACAAGAUCUGGUUGUGAACGAAGACUUAUUGAAGUUAAUUUCCGGUGAAUUCGACGUUGAUUCCCAACACAAGAUCAAGCUCAACUCCUCUCACCACAAGAUGGCUAGGGUGCCCAGCGCUUUGAAAUUAUGUUAUGGAAAAGAUCGCUGGGGAAAACCCAGCAAGUUUCCUCUUAUUUCUGUGAAUAACGUCUACGUUUUCCCAGGAGUUCCACAGUUUUUAGAACAGGAGUUUGGUGUUCUUGAAAACCAUCUUUUGACUUCCAACCCAGAGAAGCGUUUUUUCCUGCGAAAGAUCUACCUUUCAGCGGAAGAAACCUCCAUUGCUUCUAUUCUAAAUGAGAUAGAUGAAAAAUACAAAGGAAAAGUACACUUGGGGUCUUAUCCCGAUUUCUGCAAUAAAGAUUUCAAAGUGAAGUUGACUGUGGAGUCAGAUAAUUUAAGCCUUCUGCAAGAGGCAUGGCACUGCCUUCUGGAGAGGUUACCUAAAAGCAUUGUAGUCAAGACAGAAGGAAAUGAUUAUGAUGUUGCAGUUCCAGAUGGUAAGGACGUUUUAAUAUACACACAGGGCUGUCAACCCCCCACGUCUUUAAAUGGAGAAUUGAUAGGGAAGGGAUGAUAGAUGAUGUCAUAAUGCAUGGCAUAUGGCCCUUUCUCACGUGGGGUGAUUUUCACACAUGCUCAUGUUUUGCUCGCUCUACUAUCCCUGAGGAAAAAUGGGGACUACUCAUAGUCUACACAUCCAGUGGCAGAUUUAAGGGAGGGACCCAGGGAUGCAUUUCGCAAAUGUCACAAUAAUUAAAGGCCCAGAAAGCUGUUUGGUAACAUUCAAGGUUUCAAUACUUUUGCUGAGAUAACAUGACACAACUGUCGUUAAAUAAAACAAAAUGAACUGAUUUGUUAGCUAUUAUAGGACCCGUGAUAUUUCCAUGUCAGGCCCAGAAAGUUACUGGGACUCAACCUCGUUCCCAGGUUCUCCCUCCUACCCAACUUUCAAGAAGUGGACCCCAGGGGUCUUGGGAAUCCAUGUUAUUUUUAUGCUGAACUGAAGCUCACAGUGCUAAGAAAAAUUAUUUUUGAGGCCGGGACCCCUUCUCAUUUUGGUGGCUGGAUUGCCCCCUACUUACCUUAAGAUCUGAAUUUAACAUUGAAAUCAUGUUCUCUGAUAGGAUGCAAUCUUUAAAUAGGUGUAAGAUACUGGUAUUAAAAUAUUGUUUAAUUUUCUUGUAGCUGCAUUGAGUCAACCAGAGGAUUGUAAACUGUUAGAAAAUGUUGAAAGAGUCUACAACUUGCUAGAUCCAUUGAAUGAUUCCAACACUAGUGCCUGUGUCAAAGGAGCUUGGGCUAUAAUACAGCAAACCUUACAGCUUUACUCCAUGGAUGAGCUUUGUAUCAGCUUUAAUGGUGGCAAAGACUGUACAGUUCUGUUACUCGUUCUACAAGCUGCACUGAAUAAACUUGCCUCACCAGAUCAACAGCUCAGAGCUCUUUACAUUCGCUAUGACUCGCCAUUUCAACAAGCGGAAGAAUUUAUCUCGGAAACUACUGAGAGGUACAAUUUGAAUCUAAUUACUAUGAAUGGGAACAUUAAGGAUGCUCUGAAAACAUUGAAAGAAACUCAACCCUCAAUCAAAGCAAUUCUGUUGGGCACAAGAAGACAUGAUCCCUUUUCUGAGGCACUUCGUACAUUUUCUCCAACUGAUCCAGACUGGCCUCACUACAUGAGAGUGAAUCCAAUUCUGGACUGGCAUCAUGCCGAUGUUUGGUCUUUUAUCAGGGAAUGUGAUGUCCCUUACUGUAGCCUCUAUGACAAGGGGUAUACAUCAUUGGGUAGCAGCCAUAAUACUAAUCCCAAUCCAGCAUUGAAAUAUGAAGAUGGCAGCAACAGAUACAAGCCUGCAUACAUGUUGGAAGAUGGUCAUCUGGAAAGGGCUGGUAGGGAAUAA